GCUUCGGCCUCGCCGUGCGUCGCAGCUGCUGGCGCGGAUCGAGCGCAUGGAAAGGCGAGUGCAGCUGGUGAAGAAGGACACGGAGCGGGAGAAGCAGCGCAUCUUCCAGGGCUUCGAGGCGGACGACAAGGCCGAGGCGGAGGCGUGCGAGAAGCUGCCGCUGGAGUGCCCGCAGGACCUGCUGGAGCCCUCGCAGACCCUGCAGCCCAAGCACUUCCCCUACGGCAGGAACGGGAAGGGGCACAAAAGGAAGCCGCCGUUCGGGAGCACGGAGAGGAAGACCCCCGUUAAAAAACUGGUGUCGGAGUUCUCGAAGGUGAAGAGCAAAACUCUGAAGCACUCCCCGGUGAAAGAGGAGUCGAGCGGCUCUUUGUCCGAAACUGUUUGCAAACGGGAACUGCGGAGCCAAGAGACUCCGGAAAAAAACAGGGCGCUGCUGGAGACCCCGCUCAGACCCUCGGCGCCCCUGAAGGGCCCCGGCAGCCAGCCCAAGGAGAAGGGCUUCUUCAGCGAGAUCGAGGACCUGCCCUACCUUUCAACCACGGAAAUGUACUUGUGCCGCUGGCAUCAGCCCCCCCCAUCACCGUUGCCGUUACGAGAGCCCUCCCCAAAGAAGGAGGAGACUGUAGCAAUUCCAUCUUGGAGGGACCAUGUCGUGGAGCCCCUGCGAGACCCCAACCCCUCAGACGUCCUGGAGAACCUCGACGACAGCGUGUUUUCCAAACGGCAUGCGAAACUGGAGCUGGACGAGAAACGGAGAAAAAGGUGGGACAUCCAGAGGAUCAGGGAACAACGAAUCCUCCAGCGCCUGCAGCUCAGAAUGUACAAAAGGAAAGGAAUUCAAGAGUCGGAGCCUGAAGUUACCUCAUUUUUCCCUGAGCCGGAUGACGUGGAAAGCUUGCUGAUCACCCCCUACCUGCCCGUCGUCGCCUUCGGCCGCCCCUUACCCAAACUGACCCCACAGAAUUUCGAGCUGCCCUGGCUGGACGAGCGCAGCCGCUGCCGGCUGGAGGUGCAGAAGAAGCAGACCCCGCACCGGACCUGCAGGAAGUAGCGGCGGAGCCGGGAGCUCUGCGCGUUUCGGGGGCCCGGCCCUCUUGGUUCUCGUUCACGGAUGUUUUUUUUUUUUUUUACUAUUUUAUUCUUUUUUUUGUUCCCUCCACGCCCCGGUUUUGUUCUCUCGGGUUUUUCACAACACGGUCCGGCCUCGUCCCCGCCGGCCGCGCUUCGAGCUGGGCUUUCUGCCCCCUUCUCCUCCCUCCUCCGAAGCCUUUGGGCGGCCGCGGGCAGGGACCGGACCCUGCGGAGAAGCCCCAAAAUGGGGGGGGGGGCGGCGCUGCGGUGCCCUCCCACACUGUGCCCGCCUCUUUCUGUCGUUUUUAGGUAGAAAUCGUCUGGUUUUGGGGCGGGAGCAGCCCCCGGCAGCGCUCGCCGCUUUUUCUUUUCCCCCAUUGAGCGGCUGUUGGGGGGGGGUGGGGAGAGGUUAAAA